AUGUCAAUUGUGCUGACACGCUUAUCGCUGGAACAAGUUGGCAUGAACGGAGGCGGUGCGCAGAAGCGGCGUAGUGCGCGCCUGUCGCAAGAAGGGGACGGGGAGAAUGAACCAGCUACGAAGAAGAUCAAGUCCAACGGCAAAACGGCGAAUGCAGUGACGGCAAAGCAGCAGGAUGGGGAGAGCAAAGUGGCAGGCAGGAAGAAGAAAUCACUCUACGAAGAAGAAGUCGACGAUUUCGCGUUUUCCAAGAAAAGGAAGAAUAAGGAUUCCAAGCAACCCACAGUCCGGAACUCGAUUGAUGAGCCACCAGUGGCGGCUGCUGCGCCUGCUCCUAUCACAGCUCCGAGCAAUGCAUUGGCCCAUCCACCAGUGCUGGAGCCAAUGCCGGCCCCAAAACCCGGAUCGAGGAAGACAAGGAAGAGGUUGCCGGAGAGCCCAGAGCGUGAGGUCUCGGGCAACACAGUACGCCGUAGUAAGCGUCUAUCAACCGAAAAGGAUCCCGAGAACUACGCCUCACCACAACGGUCAGCUCAUGCGCAGUCGCACGCAAACGUGGACCGGUCACCAAGCCCCGCACGAGUUGUCCCGUUGAAUGUGGAAAAGACGCGGGCGCAGCGUGCCGAGGAGCAAGCAGACGAUGGAAAAAUAAUGACCAUCUCGCUCGCGUUCGCUGACACUCCGGUCAUUCGACGAAAUAGAGAGAUGAGAAAGGCCAGCAAAGAUAGCCAUAGGCGCAGCAGUGCUGGCAUGAGAGGGAAAAGGGCGAGCAGCGUGAUUGAUGAAGGCCGAGGGCAUGCGUUGCCUCACUCAGAAGUUCCUGCACCAGAAUUCUUCAAGCAUAUUUCUGCAGAUCUUACAGAGCCGCGCCGAAUGCGCUGCUUGCUCGGUUGGUGCGGGACAAGAUGUCUGCCUGCCAAACCAGAUGCCCCGAAGACAAGUUCACCGGCCGCAAGCUUGGAGUUUCAGGCGUUACAAGCAGCUCGUGUUAUACAAGAAGAAUUGUCUCUAGAGUUGGUAUCAAACGGCACACUGAGCGACUGGUUUUCGAGGGAUGAGAUCACCGCGCCUCGAAUUCCCAUACGGAAGAAAGCCAAUCCAAGGAAUAUUGCGAAUGCAAUCAAGGCCAAAGAAUUAGAGAGAGAACUCGAAAGACUCAAGACGCAACGAGCCGAGUGGGACGAAGUCGUACAAUCAACGUCCUCAAUGUCAAUAUCAGACGGCACMCAAAAGCUACCCGAAGCUGGCGACAUUUCUCCUCUUCAGCCCGAGCUUCUAAGUAGCCGGCAAAGGGCCAUAUUCGAAGGACUAGAUCCAACGGCCAACAAUUCCGAGACCGACCCACAGAGGAUUCAACAGAGGCUGCGGAUAAUCUCAGACGAUCUCGAGUUUGCGGUCGAUAUGUUCGCUCACGGCGUGCACGCCUUGAGCACGACCCGCGAGACUGCUGAGCGUGCUGCUGAGAAGUCGCUGACAGACGCAGCGCAUGCACUUGAGGAGCGAGAAAAGCAACGCGCAGCCAGUGGGAAUGAUCUCGACCAGAUGAACUCGCUCAGGGKAUUGGCGAGGGUCUUGAAUUCACAGCAGAAACGAAGAUGA